AAAAUCUUGUAUUAUCGUUGUAGAAAAAAUUCAUUUUUUUAAAACUAAAACAAAAGACUUAUAUGAAGCAACAAACUCAUACAAUGAGAUACAAUACAAUACACUAUGCACACACGCAUUAUGUUCGCUGAUUUGGUUUCAUUUAUCUGUGCUAAAAAAAGAUGAUGAAGCCAGGACCAAUGAAAAUUUUCUCUAAAGGGCAGAAGUUUUUCCAAGACGUCUUCUCAUUCAAAAAUGAAGAUGAUAGAAGACAACAUCUGCAAAUGCACCAACAAACACACCAGUCGACACAACAGCAUAAACAACAACAACAUCAACAACAACACGAAAACAACAUCAACACAGACUACAGCAAGAACGCAUUGCACGACACCAGCCCAUCUCCGUCCAAACGUAAAUGCCCACAACAACAACAGCCGCAACAACAAUACCAACACCAACAAUACACCCCACAUAAGUCUCAGUUCACUUUUAAAUCAGGUCAAAGAAUCGAAAACGCAACUGGCCUCCUCAAUAAAAUUGUUGACCUAUUCAACAGAGAUGACUUAAGUGACGUUAAAAUUAUCGUUCGAACCCCAGACGGAGUAGUUAGGCAGUAUCCCUCUCAUAGGUUAGUGUUAGCUUGCUCUAGUCAGGUCUUUAAAGUCAUGUUUACCGGAAUCGUUUGGAAUGAGGCCACCAAAUCUGAAGUCACCCUCUCAGAAGAUGUCAAAACUGGUCAAGUUUUUGAGGCUUUUUUGCGAUAUUUGUAUUCUCGAGUUAUCUACCUGCAACAUCCAACCGUUCUCUAUAUACUGAUGCUGGCUGAUAAGUACGAUGUGAUUGAUUUGCAGAAGGCCUGUACUGAGUAUAUGAUUGAACAUUUGGUCUCAACCACACAACUCAACCGAUCAACCUCGUGGCUGUCCUACGCUCGACUCGCCAAUCACAAAACUCUGGCUCACGAUGCUGCUGAAUUUAUCAGGCUUAACUUCUAUAAGGUCAUAAGUGGACCUGACUUUUUGCAUAUGGAUGCAGAUAUGUUAAUUAGUUUCAUCAGCCAAUCGGAAAUUGUCAUUCCGGAUGAGUUCAUUCUGUAUCAGGGGGUGGUCAGAUGGUGGUUUAAAAAUACUUGUUAUUAUAAUGAUGAAGAUGAUGAUGAAGAUGAUGAUGAGGACGACGAUAAUGACGUCAUCGAUGAUGGUGAUAGUAGUGAUGUUUUUCGUGGUGGCGAUGAUGAUGAUGACGGCGAUGAAAUGAACAAUUUGGAAGAUACAUCCGCCUAUAAAAGUUUCUGGAAGUAUUGCAGAAGGAAGUUCACCAAUUUGAAGGAUGAAAAUAUCGAGACGGACAACGACGACGACGACGAUGAUGAUGAUGAAGGCUGCAGUGAUAGUAGCGGUACAAACAUCAUCAACAACAACAUCAACAGUGAUAAUGAGGAUGAUGAUGAUAAUAACGAUACACAUGAUGAUGAUGAUGAUGGUGAUAACGCCAAUGAUGUUUAUAAAAAAUGCAACCUUUCCAACAGUCCGAGCCGUCGUGCCUUGGCGGAGGAACCACAUCUUCAUAAUGGCCUCAACAAUGUUGAUGAAAAAAGAGAUUACGAUAAUGAUGUUGAAGAAAAUUGUGAUAAUGAUCUUGUUGAUGAUGAUACUGAUGAUGACGACGUUAAUGAUGAUAGUAGCGAUGAUUCAGAUGACGUCAGCGAGUUGAGAGACAUGGCCAGGAAAAUAUUUUCAUGUAUCAGAUACCCUUUGAUGGGUAACGCUCAACUGAAAGCAAUAUUCAUUGACAUUUUUAAAUUUUAUCAGCAACGAUCUCUCAUCAAUCAUCAACUGAGUGCCAACCGGAAAAAAGUCUCAGCCGCAUCAACAAAAACUGCUGCUACGAGUAGAAAUGUUAACUUUUUGAAAUCAAAAUUCUACCGAAAGUGCAAAGCGAUGAUGAGUGUGCUUGAGAGAUAUGUGAUCCAGGCCUUGCAUCUGCAGGAUAUCGUGAAAAAAAAUGUCAAUGAAACGACAGAGGUCCAAUCAUAUGCGAGGACCUACUUCCAGCGACACCACGUGACACUCCGCAACUACACGAACGAUGUUUGGAGCACUAGCUUGGUGGUCGAUAAGUUCUCCAGUGUCAACAGGGCAGAUGUCAGAUCAGUGGUGUUCUCUAGCCCCUCGGAUGCCCUCCAACCAGAUGAAACCACGCACCACCCCGCUUGGGAUUGGACGGGAGAGUUGUACAGUAGAGGAAUGGUCUACCAGCCAUGCAUCAUGCUCAAUAUCUGGACCAAAUGGGAACUUCCGGGCGACACCUUCAACACAGUCCGCCUGGUCCUGCACAGCAAUCAAUCACGUGACACCCAGCAGACGAGCAGCAGCGGCGGCGGCGGUUUAAGUGGCCUACAAUCGUCUUUUUUCAGUUUCAUCAGGUCGGAGAGUUCUAGUCCAGGCAAAGGGAAAAAUGGGAAAUCCCAAGCUAGGGGUGGUAAUAAAAAUAUUCAGAACGAUGAUGGCGUCAGCGCUUGCAGCAGCAGCAGCAGGAAACAAAACCCCAACAACAGAAGAGAUGUUGAGUUGUGUGUGCUGGUGACGGGAGUGCAAGAUAACGUCGAGCAUUUCAAGUCAUCCGUCAGUAGGCAGUUCUCAUUCGAUCCAGCCAACGAUAGGACGAGGUUCAUUAAUGACCUAGUACCCUUCUAUGUGCUCAACCAGCCGUCGUCUGCGUCGUCACCAUAUUUGUCUGGCUCGGAUGGCAAUUCAUUUAAGAUGACUAUUAUUAUUAAGCCUACGAGAUGUUCACUAUUUGACGAUUGAUUUAGUGAACGUGCAAGUGAGUGAAUGAAUGAAUGAAUGAGUGAAAGAUUAAUUGAAUAAAUGAAUGAUUAAUUGAAUAAAUGAAUUAAUGAUUAAAUGAAUGAAUGAAUGAUUGAUCAGUUACUCGAUUGAUCCAUCAAUUUAAAACACCAAAGUCUAUUCCACAUUAAAUUGACGGCUCGUUUAUUUCGCAUUAUGCAUGCAGUUGUCAUAUCAUCACUGUAAUUAUUACAUCACCAACGCUACCAUCGCUAUUACGUCAUUAUCAUCGUCGUUAUGACGUCAUUUUCAUCGUCGUUUCGCCAGAUCCCUUGCAUGUUUUUAAAAAAUCUCCCAUUAAUUGACUUCAAUUGUAAUUAAUUAACUAAUUAAUUAUUAAUUUUCUUUUUAGAAUUCAUCGAUUUAUAAAUAAAUAAAUUACUUUUUUAUUUUUUAUUUUAACUCGAAAAAUAAAAAUCUGAGAAAAAAAAAAA